UGAGACCUCAGCAGCCUCGGAGCGUGUCACACGAUGCUGUCUUGUCACGUGACCUCAUCGGAAGUCGCCUGUGCUGCUUGCGAGUGGACGCUUGCUGUAAACAUGCGGUAACCGGAGAGGAGCCCUUCAAUGAACCACACAGGGCCAAAACAAACCCGUUGAACGGACUCGGGUCCCGUUGUGCUGUGUAUUAAACUGGGAUUUUAAUGCCGACAGCCUCUGCGCGUGAUUUUAAACCGCUGACAUGGCCGAGGUGGACGCGAAUGAAGUCAAUCAUGUUUCCUCCGAAGAGGAUAGGCUACUGUUUCCGGUGACAGGCUAUGGUUCGAAUGACUGCAGGGAUGAGUAUAGCAACCCCCGGCCGUCCCCGGUAACAGGUGGCUGGAUAGGUGCUGACCAAGAAGAAGAAGCAUUGCGCAGGAAGUUAAAAUAUUUCUUCAUGAGUCCAUGUGAAAAGUACCAAGCCAAAGGCCGAAAACCUUUUAAACUGGUAUUGCAAAUACUGAAGAUUCUUAUAGUAACUAUACAGCUGGUGCUUUUCGGCUUAAGCAAUGAGAUGGCGGUGACGUUUAAAGAGGAAAACACAGCUUCAUUUAAACACCUUUUUCUCAAAGACUACGAUGAUUCAGAUGAUGCACUUGCUGUUUACACACAGAGUGAUGUUUAUGACCACAUGUUUUACACAAUAGAACAGUACCUGGCUUUGCCAGAGAAUACAGUGGGCCGUUAUGCGUAUGUGUACAAUGUGGGCGUGAACGGAAGUGCGCUCUCUCUGUGUCAGCAGUAUUAUAAAAAAGGCAGGAUCGAUCCAGCUAACGACACCUUCAUCAUCGAUCCGCAUGUGGUCACAGACUGUAUUGGAGUGAACCCUUUGUCCACUCCCACAGCAGGUCUGGGCCGUGAUUACAGGAACUUCACCCUCAAGUUUCACAAGCUCAUUAAUGUCACCAUACAGUUCCAGCUCAAGGCUAUAAAUCUUCAGACCAUCAUCCACAAUGAAAUUCCUGACUGUUACACGUUCUUUAUCACGAUUCUGCUGGAUAACAAAGCUCACAGUGGUAAAGUAAAGAUCAGUCUUGAUAAUCAGGCCUCCAUUAAGGAAUGUAGAGACCCCAGUGUGUCUGGACACGCUGAUAGUUAUGCUCGUGUGUGGUUUGAUGUGGCCGUUAUAGUGGUUUGUAUUUUCUCUCUGCUCCUCUGUGGUCGCUCAAUCAUCAGAGGAAUCAUUCUUCAAAAUGAGUUUGUGAAGUACUUUAAGAGCUCUCUGAAGCGUGAUGUCUGUUGGGGAGACACAAUGGAGUUUAUAAACGGAUGGUAUAUUCUGCUCAUCAUUAGCGAUGUGCUCACUAUCACAGGCUCUAUUAUUAAGAUCGGCAUUGAGCUAAAGAACCUCUCAUCCUACGAUGAGUGCGGGAUCCUCCUGGGCACCUCGACGUUAUUGGUUUGGGUUGGAGUUAUUCGCUACCUCACCUUUUUUCAGAAGUACAAUAUUCUCAUUGUCACUUUACGAGCUGCAUUCCCCAAUGUGAUCCGUUUCUGUUGCUGUGUGGCGGUGAUCUACCUCGGUUAUUGCUUCUGUGGGUGGAUUGUGCUGGGACCCUACCAUGUUAAGUUCCGCUCUCUCUCGCUGGUGUCUGAGUGUCUUUUCUCUCUGAUCAACGGAGAUGACAUGUUCGUGACCUUCAGCGGCAUGCAAGAGAGCAGCAUGCUCGUCUGGCUCUUCAGUCAGGUUUACCUCUACACGUUCAUCUCUCUGUUCAUUUACAUGGUGCUCUCUCUCUUUAUCGCUCUUAUCACUGGAGCUUAUGAGACCAUCAAGCAUCAAACUCAGGAGCCUGUCCAUAUCACUGAUCUGCAUGCGUUCAUCGCUGAGUGCACUGACACACCCUGCUCUGGAAAGUUCCGCGGCAUGGAGACCUCGCCGUGCUCUUUCUUCUGCUGCUGUGAUAGAACCACCACAUAUGAGGACGUCCUCCUGGUCAACUAGUACAGUCAUGGGACUUGAUGCCUGAAGACUAAACCUCCCUCUGUUGGUCACACUGUGGUACUGCAACAGUGGCAAUGAGAGGAAACCUACAGACAAAAUACCUAAGAAAUCACAGUCGCUUCACUUCGGACCUUAUGUGAAGAAGAGCACAUAUGAUUUUUACAAAAGAAUCGCUCCAGUCUGGGAUAAUUUAAGUUUGACCUCAACUUGUUCAUAGUUUUAACUUAAUUCUGGAGGUUGCUAAAGGCAGCCCAGUACUGCUUCUUAAUCUAUUAAUCUAUACGG